AUGAGGAGUCAUCCCUCUGGCGGCGGCUCAUCGAGGCCUAACGCGCUUUCCAUUUUGUCGGUCCCCACCGUCUCUUCCCCGGUUCCAUACCGACACAGACCUUACCGGCUGCGGCGAGAAGAAACCGAGCGCUCUGGUGUCGCCGAGUUCAAUAAAGUGCCGGUUUUAAUUUGUAAUUAAUACACUUAAAAUAAAAGCCCGCUGCGCCACCGCGGCGUGCAGAGCUGAGCUAAGCAGAGAGCAGCCGGUUAGCUAUGAGUCGUUCCGUCCUAGGCCCCCUCUUUCUCGUCCUGUUGGCCGGGCUCUGCCGCGCCGAGCAGCCCGACAGCUCCCUCCUGAACGAGGAGGUGAAGCGGACCGUCGACCUGAGCUCGCACCUGGCCAAAAUCACCGCCGACAUCACCGUGUCCAACCCGGGCGGCUCGGCGGCCCAGAGCAUCGUUAUCGCGCUGGAUCCAGAGCUUCAGGGCCACCUGGCUUACAUCGGAGUGACUGUGAAGGGAGACGAGGAGGAGGACAGUCGGCUUGAGCUGCAGGAGACCACAGUCAGGGGGAAGAGUGGGAAGUUCUUCCGCGCGCGCUUCCCCUCCCCGCUGGCAGGGGGCGCCAAGCUGAAGCUGUCCCUGGAGACGGUGUACACCCACGUCCUGCUGCCCUACCCCACACACAUCAGCCAAGCGGAGAAGCAGUUCGUAGUGUUUGAGGGGAACCAUUACUUCUACUCGCCGUACCCGACCCGCACCCAGAGCACCCGAGCCCGCCUCGCCUCCAAGAACGUGGAGAGCUACAGCAAGCUGGGCAACCCCAGCAAGAGCGACGAGGUCAUCGAGUACGGGCCCUUCAAGGACAUCGCCCCCUACAGCCAGGAUGCUAUGAAGAUUCACUAUGAGAACAACGCCCCCUUCCUGACGAUCACGGACAUCACGCGGACCAUCGAGGUGUCUCACUGGGGCAACAUCGCCGUGGAGGAGACGGUGGACCUGCGCCACACGGGCGCCAUGCUCAAGGGACCUUUCUCACGUUACGACUACCAGCGGCAGUCCGACAGCGGCAUCUCCUCCAUCAAGUCAUUCAAGACGAUCCUGCCUGCAGCUGCCCAGGAUGUUUAUUACCGGGAUGAGAUUGGCAACAUCUCCACCAGCCACCUGCUGGUGCUGGACGACUCCGUGGAGAUGGAGAUCCGGCCUCGCUUCCCUCUCUUCGGAGGCUGGAAGACCCACUACAUGGUUGGCUACAACCUGCCCAGCUACGAGUACUUGUACAACCUGGGUGACCAGUAUGCUCUGAAGAUGAGGCUGGUGGACCAUGUGUUCGAUGACCAGGUUAUCGACUCCCUCACCGUCAGACUCAUCCUGCCCGAAGGAGCCAGGAAUAUCCAAGUGGACUCUCCCUACUCCAUCCAGCGCGACCCUGAUGACCUGCACUACACCUAUCUGGACACGUUCGGCCGGCCCGUGGUCGUGGCUCACAAGAAGAAUCUGGUGGAGCAGCACAUCCAAGACGUGGUGGUCCAUUACAACUUCAAUAAGAUCCUGAUGCUGCAGGAGCCCCUGCUGGUGGUUGGUGCUUUUUACAUUCUCUUCUUCACAGUCAUUGUGUAUGUGAGACUGGACUUCUCCAUCACCAAGGACCCCGCUCUGGAGGUGCGUAUGAAGGUGGCCUCGAUCACGGAGCAGGUCCUUACCCUGGUGAACAAGCGGCUGGGCCUGUACCGCCACUUCGACGAGGUCAUCAACAAGUACAAGCAGUCCCGCGACACGGGCGCACUCAACAGCGGCCGCAAGACCCUGGAGGCAGAGCAUCGCACCCUCACCAACGAGGUGGCCUCGCUGCAGUCAUGCCUCAAAGCAGAGGGCUCCGACCUGGCCGACAAGGUGGGUGAGAUCCAGAAGCUGGAUGUCCAGGUGAAGGAGCUUGCGUCCCGGUCCUGCCAGGAGGCAGAGAGGCUAGUCGCUGGGAAGGUGAAGAAGGAGACGUACAUCGAGAGCGAGAAACAGCUGUCUGCCAAGCGCCAGGACCUGGUGACCCGGAUAGACAGCCUGCUGGACGCCUUGUAAAGGGCACAGCAGGGCUUCAGAGAGGAGGAUUCCCAUUGCAGAGUGACCCAGCCAGGCCAGGGUUUCAUAGCAGGCUGCAAGUGUCUGAUUGGUUGAGUGAGUUAAAAAAAAAAAAAAACAUGCAGUUUUAGCAGAGAUUGUGUUAUUGAGCAAAUCUGCUUCUAAUAGACCUCAAUCUAUCUGGUGGAUAGCUGACACUGCUACACCUGUAGGAGAAUAAAUAUGAUUCAUUUAGAAAUACUCAAAGAAACAAAGUGACAAGGAGGCUUCUUGCUCAACAGUGACUCUUCAAGUCGAAGCUCUCGUCACUAAAUGUAUGUAGUUUCAUUCAGUAUUUCCAAAACUGCCCUGUUGAGUCUUCAAUAGUAAUUGUUGGUACGUACUGAACUCGCACUUAAACCUUGGAGCUGCUGCUUUGCAAUGGGAGUCUUUCAACUGAAUACCCCUUCAUACCUGUUUCAUUUCAACUGUUAUACAUGCUGAAUACCCCUUCAUACCUGUCUCAUUUCAACUGUUAUACAUGCUGAAUACCCCUUCAUACCUGUCUCAUUUCAACUGUUAUACAUGCUGUAUACCCCUUCAUACCUGUCUCAUUUCAACUGUUAUACAUGCUGUAUACCCCUUCAUACCUGUCUCAUUUCAACUGUUGUACAUGCUGUAUACCCCUUCAUACCUGUCUCAUUUCAACUGUUGUACAUGCUGUAUACCCCUUCAUACCUGUCUCAUUUCAACUGUUAUACAUGCUGUAUACCCCUUCAUACCUGUCUCAUUUCAACUGUUAUACCCGCUGUAUACCCCUUCAUACCUGUCUCAUUUCAACUGUUAUACCCGCUGUAUACCCCUUCAUACCUGUCUCAUUUAAACUGUUAUACAUGCUGUAUACCCCUUCAUACCUGUCUCAUUUCAACUGUUAUACAUGCUGUAUACCCCUUCAUACCUGUCUCAUUUCAACUGUUAUACCCGCUGUAUACCCCUUCAUACCUGUCUCAUUUCAACUGUUAUACCCGCUGUAUACCCCUUCAUACCUGUCUCAUUUCAACUGUUAUACCUGCUGUAUACCCCUUCAUACCUGUCUCAACUGUUAUACCUGCUGUAUACCCCUUCAUACCUGUCUUAUUUCAACUGUUAUACCUGCUGUAUACCCCUUCAUACAUGUCAUUUCUUCUCUUGUUUGAUCCUUUAUUCCCAUACGUUUCUAGCUAUGAAGUGUUAAACAGUAGCGCUGUGGUAUCAUUUAGCAGCCAGUGGAGGUAAGAACGAGGUUCACAGUGUCAGGAAUAUUUACACGCUGGAGCAGAGCUGCAUUUCCCAGGGCCUGCCUCUGAAGGUCUCUUUCACAUUUCAGUUUGUCUGGCUUGGCACUGUUGGAUGGUGAUGGUGAUGAUGGGAGAGCAUGUUUAAAAUGAUGGGUAUCUAAGGGUGGGUGAGAGUUUGGGGUCACUUUUGAAGCCUUAAUUAAAAAUAUGAAAAAAAGACAUUUUAAUUUUGGGGGUGGGUUGACAUGAUCAAAAGCAAUACUGAUGGGUUACUGAGUUUGUUUUUUGUGUGUGGAAUAUAACGCAGCAAGGAAAAUGAUGACAGUGUGAGUACAAGCUGAAAGCCUUUGUUUUUAGGGAGUCUCAGAAGGAACUAUCUUAUUUCUUGCGAUAUCUUUUGCUCUCUCUGCUUUUCAGAAACUUGGUUGUUUUUUUUUAAUUAUCUUUUGCUUCAUGCUGUUAAGUUCUACUUCCAUGUUUUAUUUUUUCUUUUUUUUUUAAGAAAUAAAGGAACAAACAAUGUUGUGUUCUGUUGCGAGUUUCUGCCCUCCUGCCAGUGCAGGCUGUGUGUCUAAUGCAGUAAGAUGUGGGUUUGGCAGUGCAUGAAGUCUCCUGAAUCCUGGAGGCUGUUAUCUGGCUGUGGCUCUUGUGAUAAACAUACUGAGCCAGGAGAAUACCCGCUGCAAGCCUUCUUCACUGUCCACUUUGUAUUACUUUACAACAAACGACCAAAUUUAAAUAAAGACCUGUCAAAAA